CUCACUUAUUAUGCAGCACUAGGGAUUUGAACCACCAAAGACCUUUCUGAUCUACAAGCUCAGAGUCUUAGCCACCCUGUCCCUUAUUCUAAGCAUAAAUCUUCAUUUUUAUUACUGUUCGAUGAUAGCGCACUUCUGAAUUUUGGUUGUGAAUAUGAACAAGACACCAGCAGUCCAUUUGGAUAAAUCUGGCAGAUAGGAACAAGCUAAGCUUCAGGGGUCUUGUUCCAAUUUUAAACUAUUCUGAAGGGGGGAAGAUAUGACCUAUGGCUGAUCUAAAAGGUCUGUCAUGAAUAAAAGCUUUGAAAUUCUGUAUAUCUAGAUGAUGCCUGUCCAGUUAAUAUGCAAAUCGCAGAGCAAAAGUGACAGACUCAAACUGCUUUUCAAACCUCAACCUUGUCUUCAAAGCAAAUUUCUUUCAUCCUCCCGUAUGGGAGAGGAGGGCCAUGCAUCCCGCCCUAUGCAUCGUUUGCUCCAGCAAUGAACGUUUAAAUCCGACCCUGCUUCCAAAUGAAACCUUGACCAGCGUUAUGCGUCAGCCUUUCGCUACUCUCUCUUCCCGGAGUUCGUGCUAAUUGGAAGUAAUACGAUCAGCUCAACUCUAGCUUUCAAUGCCACUGCACUGAAAACUUCCAAGCUUUGGAGAAAAGGUGAGGCGAAGUAAGGCGAGAGGAUCAGCCUCUGCAGGAAUCGGCCGCUGCCAUCGCAUCGCCAGUUUACACGCAGAGCCGAGCUGCAGUUUUCUCGCAGAACACGGGGAGGAAGACGCGCGCUUGUUAGUUCCCGCCACCGCCGCUGCCGCCAUGGCCCAGUUCUUCUCGCUGGCCGAUUGCGAAGUGAUCGGCUUCGAUCUGGAUCACACGCUGUGUCGCUACAACCUGAUAGAGAGCGCCCGGCUUAUAUAUGACAGCUUCGCUCAGUACGUGGUAAAAGAAAAAGGAUAUGAUAAGGAACUUCUGAAUGUGACGCCUGAAAACUGGGAUUUCUGCUGCAAGGGCUUGGUGCUGGACCUGGAAGAAGGCAACUUUCUUAAACUUGCAGAUAAUGGAACCAUUUUGAGGGCAAGUCAUGGCACAAAACGUAUGACCUCUGGAGAGAUCUUGGAGAAGUAUGGCAGGAGGGAGUGGAAACACUUUAAGGCAAUGAGUGGAAUGGUUUCUCGUUCAGCUAAAUAUUAUUCCUAUGACAAUUACUUUGAUAUGCCUGGGUCACUUCUUUGUGGACGGAUUGUGGAUUGUUUAGACAAACACAGCCCUAGGAGAAAAUAUGACUUCUGGAAGGAUAUGGUUGCUGCCAUACAGUAUAAUUAUAAAACGUCAGCUUUUAAAGAAAACGCUGGAAUAUAUUUUCCUGAAGUCAAAAGCAACCCAGGAAAAUAUAUACGGUCUUGUCCUGAUUCUGUCAAAAAAUGGUUAAGAAGAUUGAAGGAGAGUGGAAAGAUUCUGCUAUUAAUUACUAGCUCUCAUUCUGACUAUUGCAGACUGUUAUGCCAGUACACUUUAGGGAAUGAUUUUGAAGACCUUUUUGACAUUAUAAUCACAAAUGCCCUGAAACCUGGUUUCUUUUCCCAGACACCAAAUCAAAGACCUUUCCGGACUCUGGAGAAUGAUGAAGAACAGGAAGCUCUCCCAAACCUGGACAAACCUGGCUGGUAUUCCCAAGGUAACUCAACUCAUUUAUAUGAGUUGCUGAAGAAGAUGACUGGCAAAGUAGAACCAAAGGUCGUUUACUUUGGUGAUAGCAUGCACUCAGAUAUUUUCUCAGCUCAUCACUAUAGUAACUGGGAGACUGUCCUUAUUUUAGAAGAGCUUGGAGGAGAUGGUGCUUUGGUACUUACAGAGUCAAGGUCUGAACCCUUGGAGAAGAAAGGAAAGUAUGAGGGACGUCAACCCAAAGCUCUCCAUUCCAUUUCUAAACAGUGGGGUUCUUUCUUUGUGGAUACUAUUUCAAGAAAAGAAAACGAAGAGGAAACCUUAGUAAAUACAUGGUCUUGCAAAUCUGUUUAUACUUAUAGCACAAUUACAAUCCCAAGCAUUGAAGCCAUAGCAGAUUUACCACUGGAUUAUCAAUUUGCUAGAUUUUCUUCAAAUAGUUCAAUAACUACUGGUUACUAUCCCAAACCUCCGAAGUCGUUAUCAGCUGGUGAGCGAAUGGCAACCAAAUAAAAUAUCUUUAAAGAAAAGCAAAUCUGAAUCUUCAUCAUGCUUAAGCAAAAAUAUUGGAAGCUACUGAGAAUCAUGCAAAUUAACUACUAUAUAAAUUCAAAAGACAUUUUGGAAAGGACCUAACCAGGUUGAAGAAAAAGAAGCUUCCUAUUUUCCUAUUGAUUGUGAUACAUCAAUCCACUGUCUAAAAUGGUUUUUUUUCAUUCUGUGUUCCAAAGAUUUGCUGCAGACUUACAUUCAUAUACUGGGUACCUUUUCCAGUUCAUACAUUACAUGACCACCUUGUAUCCAUAAUAACACAAGGGGAGCAUGUGCUGUUAACCAUGAGCAAUAUUCUAUGAUAAGAAAGCUUUGUACAUAUUCAAUCCUGGGGUGAGGUCCAAUUCCUUCAUUCUUCAUACUGAAAAAAGUGGUAUAUAUGUGUGACUAAGUCUGAUAGAUUUAGGAUUUUGAGGAUUAUGCAGAAAGUGCU